CCAAGAGUAAGGGGACAACAGUGAAUGAAACUUUAUUGUGUUAACUUGGAGACUUUUCCCAGAUGAAUGUGCACAGAUGCCGGAUUAACAUGGAGACUCUGCCUUUUACUGUUGCCAUGGUGAAUGAUCGCAGCCUAUCGGAGCUCCAUUGAUGAUGCCUUUGUUUAUUCGCCACACACCAGUGAACACUAGGCUUAAUUAAACUGACUCGACCAAAUCUAAGUUUUCCAUCUCAGGCUGUCAGCUCAGUAGGGGCUGGACUGAGCUUUUGUUAAACCUGCUUUCUGAAACAGGCGAGUUUCUGAUAUCAUCUGGUCUCUGGUAGUGUCUUCGUCCGUACCGGAGGUUAAGUUUCACUUUCUGUUUUUCUGUGGUGGCUGUGGCGCAGCUGCUUUUCUCAAUUUAACGGAAAUGUAACGGUCACUUUUUUUUACAGUGACUUUUUGCUCAUCCUGUUAGCGCUUACUGGCUGCUGUUAACGUUACCUUUUUACAGUCAGCAGAAGUCUGCCGUUCGGUUGGUUUCAUGAACAAACAAAACGGGAGGAACCUUUCUCCGCCAUUUUGCAUUUAUGAAAGUGUGUGUGAGCUGAUGUGGGGAUGAGUUCAGCAGCAUGAAUCAGUGUGAGGACACAGAGGAGGGAGUCCCUCCCUCUACACCCACUCUAUGUGGAGGACAUGGCAGCUCGACCAAAGCUCAGAGCCCAGAGCAGCAGCACUCACCAGUCUUUCCUGGAUCGGGACCUGGACCCAGCUGUAUGUCUGUAAAGAGUGACUUGUCCAUGGAGCUCCCGCUACUUUUUAAAAGACAAGGUUUACCAAUGACAGAGAGCUAUGGGAGACCAGUCUCUGUUGAACCUGAACCUGAAUCAAGCUGUGUGUCCUUGAAGAGUGACCGGUCAAAUGAUCGCGACAUUGAUUUUAAAGGACGACAACCCUCUGCUGCAAAGAGUCACUGUGGGAGACCAGCCUCUUUUGAACCCGAACCUGAACCAAGCUGUGAGUCCUUGAAGAGUGUCCGGUCAAAUGAUCGCGACAUUGAUUUUAAAGGACGACAGCCCUCUGCUGCAAAGAGAGUCGACCAGGAGAGCUCAGAGGUUCCCAGUGGACAGUCUGCUCAGCAGCAUCACACACCCCUGGACGGGAUUUUUAUGCGGCUGGAGAAGAACAUUGUUACUUUUGUGAAGAAAGAGCUGAAGAAGAUCCAGAGGGAUCUGAGUUCAGGUUAUCCAGGCUCAAAGAGUCAGAGGGAGGAUGAGCAGGUGUUGGACGGUGAGGAGGAAGAGCAGAGGAGGAGCAGCACAGAGGCAUUUUUGAAGAUCACACAGUAUUUUCUGAGGAGAAUGAAUGAGGAGGAUCUGGCUGACUGUCUGGAGAGCAUGAAUCAUGGUCCAGUUUAUCAGCAUAAACAUAAAUCUAACCUCAAGAAGAGGUUCCGGCUUGUAUUUGAGGGGAUUGCUAAAGCAGGAAACCCAACCCAACUGAAUGAGAUCUUCACAGAGCUCUACAUCACUGAGGGAGAGACUGGAGAAGUCAAUGAUGAACAUGAAGUCAGACAGAUUGAAACAGCAUCAAGGAAACCAGACAGACAAGAAACAUCCAUUAAAUGUGAAGACAUCUUUAAACCCUCACCAGCAAGAAACGAACCAAUCAGGACAGUGAUGACAAAGGGAGUGGCUGGCAUUGGGAAAACAGUCUUAACACAGAAGUUCACUCUGGACUGGGCUGAAAGCAAAACCAACCAGCACAUACAGUUCACAUUUCCAUUCACAUUCAGAGAGCUGAAUGUGCUGAAAGAGAAAAAGUUCAGCUUGGUGGAACUUGUUCAUCACUUCUUUACUGAAAUUAGAGAAGCAGGAAUCUGCAGGUUUGACGAGUUCCAGAUUGUGUUCAUCUUUGACGGUCUGGAUGAGUGUCGACUUCCUCUGGACUUCCACAACAACCAGAUCCUGACUGAUGUUACAGAGUCCACCUCAGUGGACGUGCUGCUGACAAACCUCAUCAGGGGGAAACUGCUUCCCUCUGCUCGCCUCUGGAUAACCUCACGACCUGCAGCAGCCAAUCAGAUCCCUCCUGAGUGUGUUGAUAUGGUGACAGAGGUCAGAGGGUUCAUUGACCUACAGAAGGAGGAGUACUUCAAGAAGAGAUUCAGUGAGGAGGAGCAGGCCAGCAAGGUAAUCUCCCACAUCAAGACAUCACGAAGCAUCUUCAUCAUGUGCCACAUCCCAGUUUUCUGCUGGAUCACUGCUACAGUUCUGGAGGAAGUGUUGGAGACCAGAGAGGGAGGACAGCUGCCCAAGACCCUGACAGAGAUGUACAUCCACUUCCUGGUGGUUCAGUCCAAACUGAAAAACAUCAAGUAUGAUGGAGGAGCUGGGACAGAUGCACACUGGAAUCCAAAGAACAGGAAGAUGAUUGUGUCUCUGGGAAAACUGGCUUUUGAGCAGCUGCAGAAAGGCAACCUGAUCUUCUAUGAAUCAGAUCUGACAGAGUGUGGCAUUGAUAUCAAAGAAGCCUCAGUGUACUCAGGAGUGUUCACCCAGAUCUUUAAAGAGGAGAGAGGGCUGUAUCAGGACAAAGUGUUCUGCUUUGUCCAUCUGAGUGUUCAGGAGUUUCUGGCUGCUCUUCAUGUCCAUCUGACAUUCAUCAACUCUGGUGUCAAUCUGCUGACAGAAGAACAAUCAACCUUCCAGACGUCUGAAACAACAAAAUGUGAAUCUGCAGUGACACAUUUCUACCAGAGUGCUGUGGACAAGGCCUUACAGAGUCCAAAUGGACACCUGGACUUGUUCCUCCGCUUCCUCCUGGGACUAUUGCUUCAGCCCAACCAGGUUCUCCUAGAAGGCCUGCUGAUACUAGCAGAAAGAAGCUCACAGAUCAAUCAGAAUAUAGUCCAGUAUAUCAAGGAGAAAAUUGAGGAGAACCCCUGUCCAGAAAAAAGCAUCAAUCUGUUCCACUGUCUGAAUGAACUGAAUGAUCGUUCUCUAGUGGAGCAGAUCCAACAGUUCCUGAGUUCAGGAAGUCUCUCCACAAAUAAACUCUCUCCUGCUCAGUGGUCAGCUCUGGUCUUCAUCUUAUUGUCAUCAGAAGAUCUGGACCUGUUUGACCUGAAGAAAUAUUCUGCUUCAGAGGAGGCUCUUCUGAGGCUGCUUCCAGUGGUCAAAGCCUCCAAGAAAUCUAUACUAAGUGGCUGUAACCUCUCAGAAAGAAGCUGUAAUGCUUUGUCCUCAGUUCUUAGCUCCCAGACCUCUAGUCUGAGAGAGUUGGACCUGAGUGACAACAACCUGCAGGAUUCAGGAGUGAAGCUGCUGUCUGCUGGACUGGAGAGUUCACACUGCACACUUGAAACUCUCAGGCUAUCAGGUUGUCUGAUCACAGAAGAAGGCUCUGUUUCUCUGGCUUCAGCUCUGAGCUCCAACCCCUCCCAUCUUAAAAAACUGGACCUGAGUUACAAUCAUCCAGGAGACUCAGCAGUUAAGCUUCUCUCUGCUGGACUGAAGGACCCAUCCUGGAGUCUGAAAACUCUCAGCUUGGAGCCUGGUGGAGUCCAGUGGUUGAAACCAGGUCUGAUGAAGUAUUCCUGUGAACUAGCAUUCGACACAAACACAGUAAACAGGAACCUCAAACUGUCUGAGAACAACAGGAAGGUGGCAUAUGUGGAGGAGCGUCAGUCAUAUCCUGAUCAUCCAGACAGAUUUGACCGGUGUCCUCAGCUGCUGUGUGGAAAUGGUCUGACUGGUCGCUGUUACUGGGAGGUCGAGUGGAGUGGAAGAGCUUCUAUAGCGGUGACUUACAGAGGAAUCGGAAGGAAAGGAGACAGUGAUGACUCUGUGUUUGGAGAGAAUGAUCAGUCCUGGAGACUGAUCUGCUCUGAUGGUGGUCGUUACUAUGUCUGGCACAAUAACAAAAGAACAUCCAUCUACUCGAUCUCCUCUUCCUCUUCUGUCUCUAACAGAGUAGCAGUGUAUGUGGACUGUCCUACUGGCACUCUAUCCUUCUACAGAAUCUCCUCUGACGCACUGAUCCACCUCCACACCUUCAACACCACAUUCACUGAACCUCUUUAUCCUGGCUUUGGGUUUGGGUUCUUGCCUGGUUCCUCAGUGUCUCUGUGUUUUCUGUAGGGAGUCUCAUUCUACUGAACAGGGGCCUGUACCACGAAGCAGUAUUUGAGUUUAUCUAGGUAACUUCCAGGUAACUUAACCCUGUGUUCUCAGUACCACGACGGUGGUUCUCUUCUUACUGGUGCAGAUUGCCAUGGUAACUUAUGCUGAAGUGCUAACCUGCUCCGGAGCGUGUUGUGUUCCAGAUAAGACAUCAACUCUAUGUUGAUCUAAGAUUGUUUGAUAAGCUGCUUUUAUGUUUGCUGCAGUGAUGCAGAGAAACUUUUGUAUAACAAUAUAAUCUUACAGAGACUGGCUGAAGCAAUAAAGCCUUGUAGGCUACUACUUGUUGAAGUCUUUUAAGAUAUUUAAGCUACUUACAGAUUUGAAAUGUGUUCAAUAAUUUUUAUUUGCUCCCAAGUCCAUUUCACAAAGCCAUUUCACAUAAAUGUUGAGAUUCAGUCUUUUGACCACUAUUUGUGCACAUUUUAUAGCAUGAAUGAUUUUUUUUUGUUGCUUCCUUAAUUUAGAACAAUGUUUGGAACACUUGAGUGUGUUAAAUAGGCCUACAUUAUUCAGAUUUUUGAAGUUCUUAAAAGUGUGUUGGAACAACCAUUUAUUCAGUGCUCAAGGCUUUUAAUGUGGAAACGCCGACACAGCCGACAUGAAAGAAUCAGGCUAAAAUUGUAAUAUACGCCACAAGAACACAUGAAACCAACAUAUUCAUAUUAUAGGCUACGCCUGUAACUUUGGCAUUCACACUGUCAGUGAUUGUCCAUCUUCCUGCAGGUGUCAGACAUAUAUACAAUAUUCCAAUUUGCUCUUUGUAAAAUAUGACCCUUUGCUGCCAGUAGUGUUGCGAUUGGUCAUCUGCUGCUAACACCGCCUAUUUAAUGUGAACGCACUCAUGGCUGGAUUGGAAAAGCCUGGGUUGACUUACCCAGUUGAUAACCAGCUUUGUGUGACUUUUUUGAAAUUUAUCCUUGGUAUGUUGAACUUGCUUCGUGGUACAGGCCCCAGAUUUUGCUGCUGUUGUACUCUGAUGUUGUUCCUGUUAUGUGUGGGUCAUGCUAUUUGACCCUGUUGCGGCUUGGUCUCACUUCUAGGUUACAGGUUAUUGCAAUAAAUUAACCAAUAACUGGCAGCAGCCGGUAGCUCCUUCAAACUUCGCUACACGUUUUUCAUUUGUUUCACGCAUUACAAAAAUAGUAAUUGGAAAAGAAAGCCAAGGUUUUGCAUUAACAAGCAGCAGACCUUAAACGAUCCACCCAGCCUAAUCAACCAGAACAGAUUGAUCUCCUAGAGGAGAGGAAAGAGACCUCAGAUAGGACCCAACUUGGCCCAGCUUGGAUUUAAGGCUGCUCCUAAAGGCCCGGUCUGGACAAAAUGGGCUGUUGUGCCCACAUCUUUACAGAAACCUGCUCAUCAACAUCCCGGAUCAAGCACUCACUGGACAGACCGUGUUCUGAGCGGUCACCGCAAGACUUCUGCAAGAUGAGGAGGCGGACUCUGUUUUACAUCGAUGGUGCUUAAAUAGUCAAAAUGGACACUGUUACCCAAAUGUCAGACUUUUUUAUGUGAAGAUGACUAUUUUAUUAUCUAUAAUAAUCUUGUUGCUGCUGUUGACAUUCACCCCAGAUGCAAAUUCAAAAAAUGCACUGUGGAAUGUUCUGUGUGUAUACGUGUAUAUGUUAUUUAUGUAUAUAAAUAACAGUAGCAUAUUGUUUUAUUUUUUCCAUAUUAUAUUUCAUUAUCUGUUAAAUUAUGUGUGUGUAGCAUGAAGGGACUACAAACUUUCUUAUUGUUAUACAACGUUGUGUUCUAUGAUGAUAAAUAAACUACCUGGCACUUGUAAAAGGAAAUUAACUUUGUACAAAAUCAUUCAAAGUGAUGAAUGAUUGGUUCAAGAAAGUGAAAAGAUACCUCUUCUACACUGUUCUUCAACUUCUUCCACUUCUCAUCCUUUAAAGAUGGUGCUAUGAUCAUUAAAUUGUGAAAAAGAUGUUGACUUGAACCUCCUGUCAUGUUUAGUUUUGAGUUGUGGCUCUGUCUGUUUAUGCAGGUGAAAUUAAGUUAGGUUGUUUGUUUGUUUUUUAAGUUCUUUUCAAUAUGGUUCAAAAGUGCAUCAGUUGUAAUAAUUGUAAUUUAUUAAAACUAUGUUACUUCUUGGAAUUGUAUGUUAAGUAAUCGCUUCUUACAUUUUCAUAAGGCACAUUUACUUAUAUUAUUUUACUUGCUAAAUUCAUAAUUUUAUCAUUUUUUAUCAUUUGUUGUAUUGAACUAAUGUCGUGUUCUAGAUCUGCCUGUUUGAACUUUUGUAUUCAUUAAAGUGGGGAAAAUAGUUGU